AAUCAUGCCACGCCUACAAUUAACACAUUAUUAUUGCAUCUUUUCUGCCGACCGAGAACUUAACAAAAUGGAAAAGACUGCAGAGAUUCAGUUAAGUAUGAAUGAUGUAGAAAAAGGCUAUGCCGAAAACUUGGAGAGUAGUCUGAUCGCUCAAGAAAAAAAGAUCUCAGUAGUCCUACCCACUACACCUAAGCACCAGCAGCUAAUAAAAGGGAUCAGUAGCCCUGCUCAUGCUAACGGUAAAGACUACACUGACUUUACUGCCGAGAUUAAGCUUAGGAGGCAGCAGUCCUGCUGGUCUAAGAUAAGCUCUGAGAGGAAAAAAAGGAAGAAGAUCCUCUCAAAAUGUGGUUUCAUGUUCCUCUUACUUGCUUUCUUACAAGUUUGCAUUGUUAUUGGUUUGCAGAUUACAAUUGCUCAGUUAGGAGAAUUCCAAUCCCAACGUUUAGAGGGAUACGUGCCAUGUGUGGAGGAGCAAUUUAUGCUGCACAACAUGACGCUAUUUGAUAACAGCACCUACCCUUCAUUUGGCUCAGACAAGCAAAUAUACGUAUACGUCUUUGUAUUUCUUAUUGUCUACAACUUCUUCCUUUGCGUUUAUGCAAUGCUAGCUCAACGUAUUGUCGAAGUGUUUGCUUUCAUUGUAAUCAACAUUUUCACUAUCGCCUACUCAGCACUACAAGUAUAUCAGUUCAGAGGAUUCGGUCCAUUUUGUGAAUCAGUGACAAGAGUCGGUUGGAUAGCAUUAGCGAAUGUUAUCGUUGUCACGAUUUGCAGUUUCAUUUUUAUUAUUUUGACUUUUCAAAUUUAUGCCGAGUUCGGUUGGAAAGUCUACAAAUUUGUGAAUUGCAAUCCAGCACUGAGAUAUUAUUAUCGACUUUAUGAGAUAUACUUGAGUUUAGUCAAGAUGGUCAUUAUAUUUACAAUUGCUUUCACCAUUGGUCAAAUGGCUCUUAUACUAGAGUUGGAUGAUUCAGAAUUCUGGCUGAGUAUUCCACUGAUUAUUUCAAUGAUACUAUUUUUCUUCUUUGCUUUCUUUAUGGUAAGGAGAGAGAGUCACAUUGGUAUGUGUGUCAUGCUAGUUGUUGGGUUAUUAUUAUUCUGCUAUUACAUUUUCAAAAUGUACAGAUAUGCUAGCCGAUCGUGUCCCGUGUGCAUUAAGAGAAUGGAUGAAAUAGAAAGGCAGCAAAGGGAAGGGCAGUUCUUCAAUGACGACAGGAGGGAGGACUUUCAGCAUCUAAUUAUGAUGGCUGCUCUUAACGAAGUGAUUGUCAUUGGUUACUUGAUAUGUCUGUGUAGAGUUUGGAGGCAGUACGGACACGGACUAUCAGACCACUUUUACAUCAGAGGCCACUGGUUUGAUAAAAUCGGGAAGAAACCACCAAAUGAAAAUGCUUUCUUUGAUGCACUCGGAACUGGAGAGGUCAUCAGGAUGAAAUCAAAGGCUCAAUUAUUGGAUGGUGUCGAUGGUUUCCAUGACGCCGACCAAUCAAAAGAGGCCGAUAAUCGUGUGUCCGGAGACCUUGAGGGUUUUGAGGGAGCAGCUUUCACACCUUCGGACGAGAAACUCUCUCUCUCUUUUAUGAUACAUCGUACGACAUCUUUGCCACCAAUAUUGGAACACAGACAUUAAAUUUUAUUGAAAAUAUCAUUAUUUUUUUACAGAUAAAUAAUUAUUGACAUUGUUGUUAUUAUUGUUUAUGCCUUUUUGUUGUUUUAAAUUUUUUAUUAUUGUUGCUAUUAUUUUUUGUCAUUUCAAUUGUAAUCGUUGCUUUACAAACUCUUCUAUUAUUGCACCUAU